GGAUGACAAUGAACAAACAAACGACACGGGCGACCUGCUCUCCUUGUUUUUCUAUCAUCUCGAAACACCUAUUCAUCGUGUCGCUUUCUGCUUCUGCUUCUCCUUCCGCUUCCGGUUAUCUAAUUCAGUUCCCUCUCUCUUUCUCCCUUCCCAAAUCCCAGUUUGUUGAUCUCCUCUUCCUCUGUUUCUCUCUCUGAGCCUUUCUUCCGGUUCUGCAAACCAGAUGCCCCUUUCUAGGGCUUCCAAGCCGUUGCUCCAGUGAUUGAUCGGUGAACAUGAAGUGCUUUCACUUCACCAACGGCGAGAGGCGAGAAGACGACGAAGGUACUGUCUCCGGCGUUUCCAGGACGUCUAAGGUCUCCUGGGCGCGCUCCUUCAGCGUCGCGUCCAGCAGCGUUGACACGAGGCGCUCUGAGUACGACUCCGAUUCCAGGGACUUCUCCGACUCGUUCAGCUUCUACGACCUCCUGGUUCACCGCAGGGCCAACGAUCUGCGGGUGUUCGCGUUUUCCGAGCUGAAAUCGGCCACAAGAGGAUUCAGCCGCGCUCUCAUGAUCGGCGAGGGCGGGUUUGGGUCCGUUUAUCGAGGGGUUAUUGGGGCGUCCGGCGACGGUAACGGUCCCGAUUCGAAGAUGGAUGUUGCUAUCAAACAGCUCAAUCGCAAUGGCUUCCAGGCAUGCCCUUUCUUCCCCGCUCUACUCCACAAAUAUGGCUCUCAGGGGCACAAGGAGUGGAUUAAUGAAGUGAACUUUUUGGGGGUAGUGAAGCACCCAAAUCUUGUUAAAUUAGUGGGAUAUUGUGCAGAAGAUGAUGAAAGAGGCAUACAACGGCUUUUGGUGUACGAGCUAAUGCAUAACAAAAGCUUGGAGGACCAUUUAUUGUCUCGGGUAGGAUCUCCUCUGCCAUGGAAAACAAGAUUGGCAAUUGCUCAAGAUGCCGCUCGUGGUUUGGCUUAUCUACAUGAAGAAAUGGACUUUCAGCUAAUAUUUCGAGAUUUUAAAACUUCGAAUGUUCUUCUAGAUGAGGACUUCAAUGCAAAACUCUCAGACUUUGGACUUGCUAGGCUGGGUCCAGCUGCUGGACUGAGUCAUGUUUCUACAUCAGUUGUUGGCACAGUAGGUUAUGCCGCUCCCGAAUAUGUACAGACUGGUAGAUUAACUGCUAAAAGUGAUGUUUGGAGCUUUGGUGUGGUCCUGUACGAGCUAAUCACAGGAAGACGGGCUGUGGAAAGAAAUUUGCCUCGGAGCGAGCAGAAACUCUUGGAAUGGGUGAGACCUUACAUCUCAGAUUCAAAGAAAUUCUACCUUAUUUUGGACCCCAGACUAGAAGGGCAAUAUUGCAUAAAAUCAGCUCAGAAGCUUGCGCAUCUAGCCAACAAGUGCCUCGUGAAACAGCCAAAAUCUCGCCCUAAAAUGAGUGUAGUAGUAGAAAUGCUAGGAAAUAUUAUUAGCGAGGCAUCAUUACAGGAUGAUUCUGCGCCUCAACCAUCCAAAGAUGAUGAAGGCGCCAAGGAAGAGACAGAAGAGGAAGCCGAACCGGCCAAAGAGGAGAGCAAUAUCUGGAGUAAGGUUUUUGACUUUAAAGACAUUGUCAACUUUAGGAAUAAAUCGAUUGGGAAGUUGGAUUGGAGAAACUGGACGCCAGGGAUUGUGAGAACAUGGUGAGACUAGAUUAUUAUGCCCUUGUUCCAAUCCUUCCUGCCACUCAAAACACAAUUGCAGCUCUUUCUUUUUGAAGUCUUUUGUCCAUACUAUUCUGUUGAUCAAUCUUGGAGAUAGCUAGCGGCUGUACCUGUACAUAGGGUUGUUCUGAAAGCUGCAUUCAUGCAAAGUUGUUGUAAUGCUUUCCGAUUUAACCCGAAUUUUAGGACAAAUGUUCUCUCUCAUUGCCUUUGUUAGCCGAGAAAGUGGUUUUGAGAUGAAUCUUCAACUAAUCGCCAUUGCCAAAGUUGGUGCAUGUUCUGCACAGAUGGUUUA